CCGGUCCAGUCACAGUCCUGCUAAUGUCCGUCAAGUAAAUAUAGAAAACUAUUAAUAGAAUCUCAUGUUCACAACAAGCAGCUGCUCAGUGACAACGCAAACGCAAUACAAACCAAAUUGUGCAAAUCAAACACAAGAGGACACACAAAGGCAGCAUGGGAGACUUUCAAAACUUUCAACAAGACUUCUAUCAGUCUGGGUAUUAUACGGAUGGCCAGCAAGAAGAGAUAUAUGGUUUUGAUUCAGCCUAUUUCAAUCCAGAAUACCACAAUGUUGAUGGUAACUUCCCCUUGCCAGAUGAAAAUACCACUCCAGCACCUUAUGGGCAAAUGUUUCAGCCUACAGCACAACCUGAGCAAACAGAAUAUACAGAUUCAUUUGAUGAUGAACCACCACUCUUGGAAGAGCUGGGCAUUAACUUUGACCAUAUCUGGCAGAAGACUCUGACUGUGUUAAAUCCACUGAAGCCAGCGGAUGGCAGUAUAAUGAACGAGACUGACCUCACUGGCCCUAUACUCUUCUGCGUUGCUCUGGGAUCCACACUUUUGAUGGCGGGGAAAGCACACUUUGGAUACGUGUAUGGUAUUAGUGCUCUGGGAUGUGUUGGGAUAUACAUGCUGUUGAACCUGAUGAGUAGUUGCAGUAUAUCAUGUGGAAGUGUGGCCAGUGUGCUUGGAUAUUGCCUGCUGCCUAUGGUAGUGCUCUCAACCUUUGCUGUUGUUUGUUCUCUACAAGGACUUUUGGGCACAUUGUUGGCCUUGUUUGUGAUUGGUUGGUGCAGCUUGUCAGCUUCCAAGAUUUUCACUUCCACUCUUGAUAUGGCUGGGCAGCAGCUACUGGUGGCCUAUCCCUGUGCUCUACUGUACGGCGUCUUCGCUCUCCUUACUGUUUUCUGAUUGUUCCCCUAAAAUGCAAAACUAUUACUCUAAGAUGAAAUUAUUUACAUUUAUGCAUUUGGCAGAUCCUUUUUCCAAAGAGUGAAACAUUUUACCCUCAACAUUUUGCACUGCUAAUUCAAUGUGAGCUACAGGAACACAUGCAAUUCACAUAAUGCUGAUUUUUCUGUCAAAUUACUAACAAGGCAAAAAAUUAUGAUAAAUAUUUAUCAAAAUAAUAAUAAAACUACUUAUGUUUUAGCUUUU